GUGCGUGAUUACCGUCAGUCAAGGCGCACGUACGCACACAAGCAUGUAUACCUCCGGAUCAAGAUCCACCAUAGAAGAAACGGCAAUGUCCUCAUCCUCCAGUAUGAGCAUUCUCUUCCUCUUCCUCUCUGCCGCCAUCCUUUCCGGCUGUCACACUCAGGUCACCGCCGGUGUCGAAUACCUGGUCCCUAUAUGCAUGUCCGCCUGCGGCGGCGACGAGUACGUCCGCGUCCAGUUCUGCAUCGACACCCUCCGCUCCGACGGCCGCAGCAGAAGUAGCUCCGAAACGAAGGAGUUCAUCGCGGUCACGGUCGACCUCCUCACGACCAACGCCACCAGCACGAAGGCCAAGAUCGACGGCCUGCUCCACGGCAGCAAGGCGGGCGCCAUCACGCCGUCCCUCCAGUCGUGCCAGGCGCUGUACGAGGGCAUCCUCCAGAGGCAGCCCGCCGCCGCCGCCUCUGUCAAGGAAGGGAGGUUAGCGGAGGCGAGCGUGUCUCUCGAGAAGUCGGCAGCCGCGGCCAACGAGUGCGAGGGCUUGUUCGGCAAAAGCCAUGUGACGUCGCCGCUCACGGCGGAGGACAACAACGCGUUCCUGCUCGCCAAGCUAGGCGUGGCCCUAAUCAGACACUUGAACUGACUGCAACGUUUCUUAUGUUUU